GCCAGACACCACAGCUGAGUUUCGACAACAGUAACAGCCGGAGGACACGAUGCACGCGCUGUUGACCUUCUCCAUCCCCUUGUUGUUCAGCUCGUUGGCCUGGAGUGGAUAUCUGGAACCUGACCAAGAUGUCUUGAUACCAGACGACUGGACUGAUGCGGGUCGGGUUCACUCCACCGAGGAGCUGGAGCUGACCUUUGCUCUGAAGCAGCAAAACACUGACCUUCUGGAGAGGACACUCAAACUGGUGUCGGACCCUGACUCGGCACAAAAUGGUAAGCACCUCACCCUGGAGGAAGUGUCCUCCCUCGUGCGUCCGACUGAGCUGACCCAGAAGGUGGUGCGUCGCUGGCUGCAGAGCCACGGGGUCACGAACUGCCUGACUGUCCGCACUCGGGACUUCUUACAGUGCUCCAUGACUGCAGAGGUUGCAGAGAAGCUGCUUCCAGGGAGCAAGUUCCACCGUUACAUCCGGGACGACCACUCUUUGGUGAGGUCUUCAGCUCCGUACUCUGUUCAUGAUGAUGUUCACCAGCACCUGGACUUUGUUGGAGGGCUUCACCGCCUCCCUCCUAAAGGGCAGGACCUCCGCAAAGUCUCGCCUAACAGGAAGCAAAGGUGGUCCAGGAUGGGGGUGCAUCUAGGAGUGACUCCCUCCAUCUUGAGGGCCCGCUAUAACCUCACAGCGACUGAUGUGGGAACCGCGCAGAACAACAGCCAGGCCGUGGCUCAGUUCCUGGAGCAGUACUUCAACCCUGCAGACCUGGCAGAGUUCAUGGGCAUCUUCGGCAGAAGCUUCAAGCAUUUCUCCAAGGUGGACACGGUUGUCGGCACUCAGGCAGCAGGAAAGGCCGGUAUUGAGGCCAGUCUGGAUGUCGAGUACAUCAUGAGCACAGGGGCAAACAUCUCUACGUGGGUCUUCAACAAUCAAGGUCGCCAUGAGUCUCAGGAGCCUUUCCUCCAGUGGAUGGUUUUGCUCAGCAACAUGUCGGACCUCCCCUGGGUUCACACCAUCAGCUACGGAGACGAUGAAGACAGCCUGUCCACUGCGUAUAUGAUGCGCAUCAACACAGAGUUUAUGAAGGCUGGCGUCCGGGGAUUCUCUUUGCUCUUUGCUUCUGGUGACAGUGGUGCAGGCUGCAAACAUUUGGAUAAAGACCAAAAUACCUUCAGGCCAAGUUUUCCUGCAUCAAGCCCAUAUGUGACUACAAUAGGAGGAACAUCAUUCAAGAACCCAUUUAAGAUCACAAGUGAAAUAACGGAUUACAUCAGUGGAGGAGGAUUCAGCAACGUCUUCAAGAUGCCCGACUACCAGGCCAGUGCAGUCGAAGGGUACCUGAAGACUGAAGCAGCAACCCUUCCUCCUCUGUCCUACUUCAAUACUAGCGGCAGGGCCUAUCCAGACAUGGCGGCCCUGUCGGAUAACUACUGGGUGGUCAUCAACAGAGUACCCGUCCCCUGGGUGUCUGGAACCUCGGCAUCAACCCCUGUGGUCGGAGGCGUGCUGUCGCUCAUUAAUGACCAGCGGCUGCUGAAGGGCCGGCCUGCGCUGGGCUUCCUCAACCCUCGCCUCUACAAGCUCAAAGGACAAGCUCUGUUUGACGUGACGGAGGGCUGUCACCUGAGCUGUCUGGACGAAGUGGUUCAGGGUAAAGGUUUCUGUGCUGCUCCAUCGUGGGAUCCUGUUACAGGAUGGGGGACGCCAAACUACCCGGCACUGCUGGCCGCUCUGCUCGCCGAGUGAAAACCCAAAGUGCGUGAGUGAAACCAUCAGGGUGGCGUCUCCUCUGAGAGCAGCUACUGCACACGCAUCCACAUCAGGAUGGCAAAAUAGAGGCUUAAAUAAAUACAGGAAUAAAUAAAUAAAUGCAUUAAUAAAUACAGGAAUAAAUACUUAAAUGAAUACAGGAAUAAAUUAAUAAAUGCUUAAAUAAAUACAGGAAUAAAUAUGUUAUACCUAAAUGGGACAUCAUUUAAUAAAUCUAUUUCUUCCUUUAUUUAUGCCUGUAUUUAUGCAAAUGAGCUGGGGCAAAAUAGAGGCUUCAUGCCUCUUUCUUUGAUUCAGUUUAUUUUAUAUAGCCCAAUAUCACACAUUUACAAUCUGUACAGGACCUCACAUCGGAUCAGGAAAAACCAAAAGGUGUUAAAUUGUUUCCUCAAAUAUUUUUGGUUUGGGCUUGUGGUGGCUUGGGUUUGUUAUUGCUACAAUGCAGUUGCUUGUUUCUGCCUUUUUAACUGACCCAGACUUCCCCGUGACUCUCAAACACACGUACAGGUAGCUUGGUGUUAACAGUAAUCGUAUGCCUUAAAUUCAUGCCGUUGAAUAGAGUGCUCUUAGAUGUACACAUGGGCCUAUUUAAAUGUUUUAUUUUAAUAGUGUUUUUUAAUGUGACUCAAGAAUCUUUAUACCAAAUGCAAUAAUUUUACCAGAUCAGGCAGUUCAUCAUAAAAUAGGUGUGUAGUAAGACUGAGAGGCCAAAGUGUGUAAUAUUGUUGGUCUACUUUGUCAUACUACUCUGCAGGGAUGAGCUUAGAAACAAAUCAGUUAAAUGUAAUAACACAUAACUAUGUGCAUGCAAUUCUAAGUCUGUUGUGUAUUUGAAAGAAAAUGGGAACAGUCUGUGGCUUCAGACUUUUGAUUUGACUUUGUUGCUGUUUGCUCUCCGACUGCCAACAAACUAAAUGCGGGUUAAAAGUAAUUCAGUGUUUCGACCCACCAGCAUUGUUACACUUGUCUUUAAACCAGUUAACUCCUCAAAUCUGUAUUUUAUUGUGAGAUUGCCUGUUAUUCAUUGUUUAUACAAGACCAAUGUGUACUUGUCAGUUGAUUGUUUAGGAUGACUGGAGGAUGAUGGCUGAUCUUGAUGCUGCAGGUUUUUAGAAAUGCAACAUGCUUCAAGUCAAAUGCAAUGGAAAUGUUGUUUUGUUUUUAAGCAGACCUGCCAAGCAUUACCUAGUUAAUGUUUCUAAUGAAAAUAUUUUGAUUUGCUAUUGAAGUAUAUUGUUGCUACUGAAUUAAAAGUAGUACUGGUCAAUUGGCGACAUUUGAGAUUGUAGCUGCCAAAAUGAGUAAAGGGUUUCUUUAAAAAUACCUUUUUAAUUUCUAAUGCAAAUGUUGAUUGUUUUUGUCUGACAUGAAAUAAAGUUCAGAGUGGACCAUGUACUAGAACCAUUGUCACAAGCUGUAAGAUGCCACUUUAAAGCUGUUCAAUUUAAGUUUUAAGACGUGAUACUAUUGUACAUCUAUUCUGCAGUGUGCUGAAAAAUAAAAACAAAUUGGUUUCA